GCAUACUGGGUAAAUCUUCAAUGAUGUUACUAUUCUUUCUGGAAGAGGGAAACUGAAAUGAGUUCAUCAACCAAAGCACUUAUUCAUUGUAUGCUGAGCCAGAUUGCUUCAAAUAUGACGAGGUCCAAUGGAAUGAUAGUCACAAGGACAUACAUAUAUGAUUGGCUGAUCCUUAUGCUUCUUGUGGUCAUUUGGUCCCUCCUGCUUCUCAUACAGCCGUUUUAUUGCUUUGUCGGGAAGGGUAUGAUGACUGAUCUCAAGUAUCCACUGGAGAGAGACACAGUGCCUUUCUGGGCUGUUCCGAUGUAUGCCCUUCUGUUGCCAAUGGUGAUAUUCAUUGUCGUGUAUCUUCGGAGGAGAGAUAUCUAUGAUCUUCAUCACGCUGUACUAGGGCUCUUGUAUUCUGCUACAUUCACUGCAGUGAUAACAGAUGCCAUAAAACUUGCAGCUGGCCGGCCUCGGCCAGACUUCUUUUGGCGUUGUUUUCCAGAUGGGAAAGAUGUGUAUGAUCAAUUGGGAAAUGUCAUUUGUCAUGGUAAAAGAAGUGUCAUAGAUGAUGGGCACAAGAGUUUUCCUAGCGGGCAUACUUCAUGGUCCUUUGCAGGUCUUGGUUUCUUAUCUCUUUAUUUAGCUGGGAAAAUUAAAGCAUUUGAUCACAAAGGUCAUGUUGCAAAAUUGUGCAUCAUCUUUGUCCCGCUUCUUGUUGCAUCUCUUGUCGGCAUUUCAAGGCUAGAUGACCACAGGCAUCACCGGCAGGAUGUCAUUACUGGAGGUCUCCUAGGGAUUACGGUAGCAGUGUUUUGCUAUUUGCAGUUCUUUCCACCUCCAUAUCACGCUGAAGGUUGGAGGCCUUAUGUUUCCUUUGAAGAAUUGGAGUCGUGUACGAAUACACAGGCCGUGAUUGCAGAGGAUGUUCCCAAAACGCAGGCCGCGGAGACUCAAAACGAGAGCCGUCUGGAUGAGAGGAGCGGCAUUGGAUGCAUAUCACCUACUGCCGGUCGAUCACUGGCAGACAUGGAAUCAGGGGGAAGUUUUUUGUAGCUUCUACAGUCAUUUUGGCUAGACUAGAGAGAAUGCAAACGCGAAUAGACGAGUACUAUCGCCAGUUGCAAUACGGAUAUCUCCAAGUAGGUUCUUCUGAUGGUCCUUUCGAUAAUCACAGACAACGUUCUUCAUCUAUUGCUGCA